AUGAUGGUGGAGGCUCUGGAGAUGGUAAAUUCUUCUCCGUCGCACCAGAACAACGAUGAGGUUAAUUCUUCUCAUUUUAUAUCUUCUGGAACGUCAAUCGUUCCGUAUGUCUGCGCAGAAAAGAAUCCUCCGCCCCCGCCUGCUGCUGAAACGGAGGAGGAUGAUAAGAAGCACAAAAAACGGUCCAAAAAUUGGACGAGGGUCGAGACUCUGAAGCUGAUUAAACUACGGAGUGAUUUGGAGCCUCGAUUUUCUCGUAGCGGGAGGAAGACGGAAUUGUGGGACGAAAUAGCAGAGGCUUUACAUAAGGAGCACUUCUCGAGGGAUGCACAGCAGUGCAGGGACAAAUGGGAGAAAUUGAUGGCCAGUUUCAAAGAUGUCAGGGAGGGCUUGAAAGACAGCAGCGAAAACCCUUACUACGACGAUCUUCACCCUUUGCUUUCGGCUAAGUCUUUGCGCAGGGAAAAGGAUUUUAAAAAGGAGAGUGAGUUUGUGCAGAAUUCUCGGCCGCCGGAAAGGGAAAUGUUUGAAACGAGGGGUUCGGAGGAGGAGGAGCAGGAGCAGGAGCAGGAGCAGGAGGAUGAUGAAUUUCCAAAGUCGCCGUGUUUGAGGAAGAGGAAACGUGGCGGAAGGCUUGUUUCGAUUACUGAUAUUACGGCCGUGAAAACCCUAGUGGAGACGGUUAUUUCACGGCAGCAGAGGUUUUUCAGGGAGCUGUUGGAGAGCCUUGAGAGGAAGGACCAGAUUAGAGAGCAGAUGAGGCUGGAGAGGGAUGAUAAGUGGAGAGAGGAGGAACUAGCGCACAGGAAUGUUUUCAACAAUGCCAUGAUGGUGCUUGCACAGAAGCUUCUGCCUGAUAAGGGUUUGGGGAGCGCUACUGCUGCUGGUCCUCCUGUUGCUCCUCCUCCUCCUCCUCCUCCUGCCAUGGGGAAUUCUCUUUCUAUUGUUUCCGCUUCUGACGGGCCACGGCCCAAGAAGCGUUCUAAAAAUUGGAAGCGGGGAGAGGUUCUGCUGCUCAUCAAAUUGAGAGGUGAGAUGGAUGCUAGGUUUGCCAAUUCCGCGAGGAGGGCCGCUCUGUGGGAUGAGCUUGCGGAGGCGUUGGGGACGCAGGGUAUUAAAAGGGACGGGAAACAGUGUAGGGAGAAGUGGGACAAGCUUAUGGCUGCUUAUAAGGAUGUCAUAGAUGGGAAAAGAGAAGAAGGUGACCUUUCCUAUUUUAUGGAGCUCAAGGCUAUUGUUGGAGGGAAGCCCGAUGAGGGGAAACUCCAAACUGAUAUCAUCGCAUGA